AACAAUUUAUAAUCAUCACUGAUCAACAGAAAGGUGACGUAUGAUAAGAAUGUUUAAUUCAUAUAUCCAUGUUUAUAUAUCGUAGCUGAGACAAUAGGUAUCAUCGGCACUUGAAAAGUGAAAACGGGUAUUUUUAAAAAGUAUUAAAAAGUAUAAUAUGGUCUAUUAGUUUCCUCCACGUUAAAAACGCCAUGUGGUCGGUCGGCCAACUGGAAUCGUCAAAUGAUGGAUUUAUUACUGCAAAAAUCCUUAGCAAAAGGUAGUGGUUAUCUACACAUUCAAUAUCAAUGGCUGAACAGUUGAAAACACCUCAGAACGGCGACGAGCUGCUGUGUUAUGUACACAAUGUUAAGCCAGUGCAAAAGUCUGGUAAAGUCAACUAUGUCACCUGCCAGCUUCAAACAAAGUCAUCAAUGGAGAAAGCAAUAUGUUUCUCGCCAGAAAAGGUUACCCCAUUGAAAGUAGCAAUGGCAAGUAAGAGCCCCAUUAAGAUGAAAAACUUUGACUAUAACACACAGUACAACAACUAUGUUAUAAAGAAAUCAACAAACAUUGAAAAUCCUGGGGUUUUGGAUUUUCAAAUCCAAGAUCUGGAAAAGAGCAGUGUGUUGAUCAAGGAUAUUAACACAAUUCCUCAAGGAGAAUUGAUCACUGUUAAAGCAAGUGUGGCUAAACUUGGUGGCAUCAAGGUUGUGGCAACAGCAGGUGGCCCUUUAAAGAAAGUUGAGGCUAUUUUGGUGGAUACAAGUGGCUCAAUUAAAGCUGUAUUUUGGGCUGAAUGGGUUAAUUCUAUCGAACUUGACCAAGUAUACACAUUUACAAAUCUAAGAGUUAGAGAGGAUGGCUAUACCAAAGAAAAAAUUGUUAACUCUGCAAAGCAAGAGUUUUCUGUUACACAGUCCACUCCAUUCACAUCUCCCCUAGCAGAAAUCGAGUUGUCAUUGUCUGAUCUAACAACCAAGACAGCUCGUGUAUCUGUAAUUGGCGUUAAAGCUGUCUCGAAGUAUUUCAUUUGCAGUUCGUGCAAGAAGAAAAUGGAAAAUCCAACCCAAAUUGUCAAAUGUCAGUCGUGUAAGCUGAUUCAGAAGCUCUCUACAUCAAAUAUUCAAUGGUUUAUCAAGUUGUUUGUUGUAGAUGAAAAAACAAAAGAUAAAUUCUAUUUAUCUGUGUUUCACCAUGAACUUGUGAAGCUGCUGGAGGUGAAUGAUAAUAAGACAACCACUGAAAGUGAAGAAGAUGAUAUUCUACUGGCCAUGUUGCAACUUGACACUUUAAAUGUCACUUAUAACAUUUCGGGCAAGUUGUUAGAUUUUAGUGUUUCCAAAGAAUGUUGAGUUUUAUUUAGAAUGUUCAGCAUUGUUCACAUGUUCCAAUUUACAUUAACUUUUUAUCAGUCGUACUCAUAGACUUGCACGGUUGCAUGAGUUGUUCAAGUUUGGGUUUUUGGGGGUUCUUGUAAUUAAUUUCAGAGUUGCUGUUAGAGCUGCCUGUUUAAAUGGCAUCUUGGUAUUGACUUUUUGACAUUCAUAUUAGUUCAGUUUAUAGGCUUAUCAUUGGGCACAUCACAUAUUGGGUUAUCAGUUUAUUAUAUUGUAAAAUGUGAUUUGUUGAUUACAUUGUUAAUUGUUGUCUUGUUAUACAAAUGCCAUCUUUGAAUGGAUCAGAAGCAAUCUGAGCACUCCCUCAGCUUACCCAUUGAUCUCUAUAUAGUAGUUUGGUGCAAUUUCUCCUCUUAUGUGCUUGGGUAUGAGGCACCACUACCCCCACUUCAAAAGCAACAGUUCCUUCAUUUCGUUGUCAACUGCCCAGGCGUGUUGUAUUGUUUUAAAUUGUUAUCUUGUUUAAAUCCCAUCGUAGUACAAUUAAUGACAAUGGAGAGGAACAUUGGCAUUUUUGGUGUACGGUAUAUAUUGAGAUUUAACCGUUUUGCAGGCUAGUGCAAGUACAAUGAAUUGUUGAAUUAUUUUAAAAUUGUCAAUUCCCACAAUGAUAUAAUGAAAGUAAAUUAACAUUCAGUUAUUCACUUCAGCUUCGUUAGUAUGUUUAUAUUUAACAGCAUCCAUUGCUACAUGCAUUAUUUCCUCGUAUUUUUUGGAUAGAUUCUUGCGUAUAUAAUAGCUUGAAAUAUCUGAAUAACGAAUAAUCUGAUAUCUUUGAGCCUUUUUGAACUUUACCAACACUUCAA